UACAGGACCACGCUUCCUGAUCACCACCGAUCGCCGUGGCUGCGGCGCAUCGCAUGGGCAAAGGACGAUCGUUAGUCCGAGCUCUUCUUGUUCUUCCUUGCGAGAACAUUCUUUCGCACUAGCGAGUUUUGUCUUCGUUAUUGUGUUUUCCUCAGAGUUGCGCAUUUUCCGCCGGGUCGGCGCUUAGGAUGCAGAUGCUCAGGUGGGGCUUCAGGAGUUUGUGUCGAUCGAGGACAGUCGGAUCUGAUGCAUAUUCUUUGAAAAUAUUUCUUCCUGUGGCUUCUCUUGGGGCUCCUUUAAGUCAAAUCCCUGCUGAGGUACUCUCAAAGGUACGGAAUUAUAGAGAAUAUCAUUUUCAGAGUUCACAUGGCUUACAUGACAUCAGAUAUCAGAUUGACCAAGACAAAAUACCUGCAGCCAAGGAACCAGUGGACCCCUUUGCCUUGGUUUCUGAUGAACUCUCAAUUAUCGCAAAUAGAUUGCAGUCAAUGGUGGUCAGUAAGGUCCCCAAGCUGGCAUCAGCUGCUGAAUAUUUCUUCAAAGUAGGAGCUGAAGGGAAAAAAUUUCGACCUACAGUACUACUAUUGAUGGCUUCAGCUCUGAGUAUGCCUACACCCACUUCCAUUGCUGUUGAAGUAGCUAGUAGUUUCCAAAAGAAUAUGCGCACCAGGCAGCAGCGUGUUGCUGAAAUAACUGAAAUGAUUCAUGUUGCAAGCCUUCUCCAUGAUGACGUCUUAGACGGUGCGGAUACAAGACGUGGUAUUGGUUCACUGAACUUUGUAAUGGGCAACAAGCUUGCUGUGCUUGCUGGAGAUUUUUUACUUUCUAGAGCUUGUGUUGCCCUUGCGUCACUAAAGAACACGGAGGUUGUAUCAUUAUUGGCCACUGCUGUUGGACAUCUGGUCACUGGUGAAACAAUGCAGAUGACAACUAAUGCUGAGCAAUGUCACAGCAUGGAGUAUUACCUGUCGAAGUCAUACUACAAGACGGCUUCAUUGAUCUCAAACAGUUGCAAAGCUAUUGCUUUGCUAGCAGGGCAAACUACAGAAGUGGCAUUACAUGCAUAUAGUUAUGGGCGACAUCUAGGUUUAGCAUUCCAACUAAUAGAUGAUGUGCUUGAUUUCGUUGGUACUACAGCUUCACUGGGGAAGGGAUCCCUAUCUGAUAUUCGACAUGGAAUCAUUACAGCUCCAAUCCUUUUUGCAAAAGAAGAGUUCCCGGAGCUGCAAGCAGUUAUUGAUAAGGGAUUUGACAAUCCUGCAAAUAUAGAGGCCGCGCUUGAUUAUCUGGGAAAAAGUCAAGGAAUUGAGAGGACGAGAGCACUUGCAAUUGAACAUGCUAAUCAGGCAAUUGCAGCGAUCAACGCCCUUCCUGAAAGUGAUAGUGAGGAUGUCCUGAUUUUUAGGCGUGCGCUUGUCGAUCUUUCUCACAUGGUGAUCACUCGAUCAAAGUAAAACUGCAAUUCACACAAAAACUGUAACUCAGAAUUUGUGUGCUACAACGUUAAUUAGGCUCUAGGUAUUUGGUUCUUUUGAAUACAUAUGCUUGUUAGACAAAGUCAUAAUUGAGCAAACCACUACGAUUCUUCUUGGUAAUUUUGUUAUUUCAAUUUCUUACAGUGUUUUUUUCUUUGAGGCUUACUUGAUUACAAUUUGAUGUUUACUUA